UAAAGUGCUCAUAUGUUUUUAUUGGCAGCUGUGGCGCGUCUCAGACCGCCGCUGUAACUCGACCCACCGGCAAAAGUGGUUCGGUUUUCUGUAAAAGUCCAUCUGUACCAUCAGACAGACUGACUGCAGAAGGUGGAAGGGAUUCUCUCAAGGACCUGUUGAUCGUCUGCUGCAAUGGAGGAGCCAAGUGGACAAGCAUGAUAUCAACUUGAGACGUAGAGGAAAAUUUGGACUCAAGAACUCCCUCCGACAGUAAUGGAGAUCAUGGAUGCUCAGUGCGCCUUAGAAGCUGUGGAAAGACUGCAAGCCAAACUGAGGGAGCGAGGGGAGGCUCCCACUCAGGAAAAACUCUCUGUGCUGAAGACUGUCCUGCAGAGCCCUCUUUUCCUGCACAUCCUCAGCUUGCAGCAGGCUCAGCCAAAGCCUCCGGUGAAGGGGAAAGGCGUUUCCAAAUCUGUGUCCCUGAACUGUGGCCCAUGCCUGGACUUACCUGUUGGCCUAAAGGCACUGAGCCACAGCGACUCGUACACUUGGGCUGUGGAGAACCGAAAGUCUUUUCAGAAGGAUGGCAGCAACUCCUCCCUCGGUUCACAUGAAUUGUCCUUCUCAGAUAUCUACCCAGACAACUUUUCUCACAAGGAAUCUCAGUACUGCACUCCUCCUCGUAUUUCCCGCACCAUGUCGAUGGGUAGGAACCUUUCUGCUAUUGCACAUGAGAGGCGUCACAUUGAGAUAAUAGAGCUGAUCAAUGAUGGAAAAGGACUUGGUUUUGGCAUCGUAGGAGGACGCAGCACAGGUGUCAUGGUCAAGACAAUAUUACCUGGAGGAGCAGCAGGAAGGGACACUCGCCUGCGCAGCGGAGAUCAGAUUCUGCAUAUUGGAGAUACAGACUUGGCAGGCAUGAGCAGUGAACAAGUUGCACAGGUGCUGCGAAAUGCUGGCAGCAGGGUGAAACUUCUCAUUGCCAGGGAUGUUACCAAACCCAAUUACCUCUCCUCCCCUGCUCUGAAUCAGGAUACUUUGGACGACAAGCCCAGUGACUUGAAUGAUGACUAUGAGUUCAGUGUCCAGUUCACUAAAAAUAGCCGGGGCCUGGGAUUUUCCAUCUCAAGCUAUGUAGGAGACCUGAACUCAGUCUACAGUGCUGGUGUGAUGGUGAAAAGUAUAGUAAAGGGCAGUUCUGCAGAUCAAGAUGGGCAGAUGCGGGUUGGAGACAUUAUCCUUUCUGUGGAUGGUGUGAGCCUUCAGGGCUGCAGUGAACAGCGAGCCAUGGAGGUGCUCAGGAGGACUGGUCCUGUUGUCAGGCUGAGGUUGCUGAGAAAGGCUGUCUGCCUUCGUCACAUCUUGCCCCCAGUUCCUCCUCUGCAGCCCCUCAGACACUCCCACAGCCUCCAUGAAGGCAGCCCUUACAAAUCAUUCCUGAACAAGAUUCAGGAGACAGGAAUCAGCUCUCUGCGUGAAAUCUCCCGGCGAGCGGCAUAUGCCAGCAGACGACCCCGACACGAUCCCAGAGAUGGUGUGAAACUCACUCCAGAGGAAGAGGAAAACCUGAGGAAGAGGUGGCAGGAUGCCGUUGGACACCGAUUUGAAGUGACUGUCUGUCAGCUGGAGAGGUUCAGUGAAACAAGUGGUCUAGGUAUCAGUCUGGAGGCUCGGGCUGGACAUCACUACCUGUGCUCCAUCUUACCAGAGGGGCCUGUAGGUCAAAGUGACAAAAUCUUUACUGGAGAUGAGAUAAUGGAAGUAAAUGGAAUCCCCCUCAUUGGACAGACACACAAAGAGGUGGUCAAUGUUCUGAAAGAACUGCCAGUGCAAGUAUACCUUGUGUGCUGUCGCAUUGUCCCCCCUUCAGUUCAUGACAGUGAUGAAGAAGCAAACAAUGAUGUCUGUCUGAGUCUCAAAGAGCUGCUGGCUGAGUUCAAUGAUAAGCUGGAUCACGGCUGUGUCAUACCCUGUCCUACAGCUGAGGACAUUACAAAGCGUGGCGUGCCCCCCAUGUCACCUCCUCUGGCCAUGUGGGAGAAAGAGGCUCAAAUUGUUGAGCUGGAAAAAGGCGAGUCAGGACUUGGCUUCAGCAUCCUGGACUACCAGGAUCCAGAGGAUGCCUCCAAAACAGUUCUGAUAAUCCGGUCACUGGUUCCUGGAGGUGUUGCAGAUCAAGAUGGCCGCCUGCUACCUGGUGACCGACUAAUGUUUGUUAAUGAAACUGACUUGGAGGGUUCCAGCCUGGAUUAUGCUGUUCAUAUCCUGAAGUCUACUGAAUAUGGGCUUGUUCAAAUUGGCGUUUCUAAACCACUGCCGCUGGAACUGUGUGGUGGCUUGACACCCAUAGCGGAGCGAAGCGCGCGGCCUUCGACCGAUGACACUGACAGCCACACUCAGGUCAGCCUGCUAGCUGAGACAGCUGAGGCCAAUUUCAACGGCACAACUUGGAGCGCCGAGGAUCACAGCUUGAGCCAGCCGUGUUACACGGAAAAUCAGCUGCGUUAUCGCUGCUGCACAAUGGAAGAUGACAGUGGGCAGCAAGCUCCACCUCUGCCCCCUCGCACAAGCUUUGAGAGGACAAUCACUGUUGUCCGGGGCAACCGUAGCCUUGGGAUGUCGGUGAGUGCUAUCAAGGACGGCACAGGCAUUCUGGUCCGGAGCGUGGUCCAGGGGGGCUCUGUUUGCCAGGAUGGCAGACUGGGGGUGGGGGAUGUCAUCUUGGCCAUAAAUGGAGAACUUGCCUCAAAUCUGAGCAGCGCCCAGGCCAGGUCCAUGCUCCGCAGGCACUCUGUCAUAGGGCCAGAGAUGAGGAUAACCUAUGUUCCAGCUCAUCAGGUGGAUGAGCACCGAACCCGUCUGUGUUUGCCUCCUCUGGCGUCCAUCUCGACAGACAGUCCAUCUUCUUCGCCCAUCCUACCUACCCCUGAGCCUGAAUCACUCUCAGCCAGAUCCUCCUGUCCUCCGGCUUCAUCAGCGCUCAGAUUGUCUGCUUCAGUCAAAUACAAAACAACAACAGCUCCAGAGCCACCCAUAGUCAGGGCCACUGUUUCAUUCAAAGCCGUUAAAGGGCCAGCCAUAGUCCCCACCAUCACCCUAGCCUCAGACACAAGCUGGCAGAUUCCAAAAUCCCUCCAAAAAUUUCCAAAUAGCAAAGCGGAGGAUAAAGAUGUAAAGGAGAGAGCAGACGAAACAAAUGAAGGUGUAAAAGUAAAAAACCCACAGGUGAAAAUAAAGGUUGAUGGCAAAGAAGAGGACAAUGAAGAGGUCUGCUCACAUGCUGCCUGGUCUUGGGAUCAGCCUAAAAGUGUGCAGCUGACUCGAGCACCGAGCCAAUCGCUAGGUAUCAGCAUUAUGGGAGGCAGAGGCAUGGGCCGCAGACUGAACAGUGGAGAGAUGAUGAGGGGUGUCUUCAUCAAGCACAUCAGCCCCGACAGCCCUGCAGCACUUAAUGGCACCCUUAGGGUUGGGGACAGGAUACUGGAGGUGAGUGGCGUGGACCUGAGAGAUGCCAGCCAUGAGCAGGCAGUAGAAGCCAUCCGCAGGGCAGGUGACACUGUGCACCUUCUGGUUCAGUCCGGUCUGGACAGAACUCAGUCUCCCAAUCCCAUCAAUCAUGAAAGACUAUCUCCUAUACCGCUGUCUGACUCACACAACAACAAGGAGGCAGAGACUCUCAGCAGUCUGUUCCGUCUUUCCCCUGCGAACCCUUUCACCCCCACCCCCUUUAAGGCCCCAUCGCCAACAUCCGAUAGAAUGGAUCGGAGAAGCCCCGUAAAUGUCACAACAGCAGCCGAUGCGGCAGCUGAGGACGGAGACGACACCGGCAGGAAGAAGAUGCUCCAGCGCUAUGGCAGCCUGUCAGGAAAGCUCCACAUGAUUGAGCUGGAGAAGGACCCUGCAGCUCAUGGUUUGGGAAUUAGACUCGCAGGCAACGAGGAGGGCUCCAGGGCACGAAUGAGUGUCUAUGUGGAAGGAAUAGACCCGAAUGGGCCUGCCGGUUUGGAUGGGAGAGUACAUGUUGGGGACGAGCUACUGGAGAUAAAUGGCCAGAUCUUGUAUGGUCGGAGUCAUCAAAAUGCCACCACCAUUAUCAACAACGCCCCCUCUAAAGUCAAGAUCAUUCUCAUCCGAAACAAAGCGGGCCAAAUGCUGAAGAGAAUCAGGAGAGAGGAUGAGGACACAGUGGACUCUAAGAUGGACGCUGCAGAGGGUGAAUCACAUGGCAUUGAGCAUGUCAUCCUACCCCAGGAAGGCAGGAUAAAGGUUGGAGACCGAGUCGUAGCAGUGGGUGAUGAACCUAUAGCCGGACUGUCAGUAGAAAAGGUGUCCAGUUUGAUUCUCAAAGAUCCGGUCACUGUCGAGCACUCCAUCAGCCGAUCCAAGACUCUCCCUUUCUUAUCUUCUCAGUCUUUCCCUUCAUCACUUUCCCAUCACCCCCACCUUCCUGCUGUUUCAUCGGAACCUCGUCCCAUCUCUCAGUCUUCUUCUACAUCCCUCGGUACAGAGCAAACCUCUCCAGAAGAGUGCUCUCAUUGGCCAGCUUCAAGUCCUUCAACCUCUGACCCCCGGAGCUGCCCGGUUUUGCCUGGGAGGGAAACUACCAUAGAAAUUUGCAAAGAAAACUUAGGCCUGGGCCUCAGCAUCGUAGGAGGAUGUGACACCCUUCUGGGGGCAGUAAUAAUCCAUGAAGUGAAUGAUGGCGGCGCAGCACAGAGAGAUGGAAGGCUGCAGGCUGGAGACCAAAUAUUAGAGGUGAAUAACAUAGACCUGCGGCAGGCCACACAUGACGAGGCGAUUGCAGUCCUGCGGCUCACCACCCAACAAGUUCGGCUGUGUGUCUUCAGGCACCAGGAGGCCUACCGGGAGGAAGACCUGUGGGACAUCUUUAGUCUGGAACUCACGCCUCGUCCAGAGGAAGGCCUGGGAUUCACCACCGUGGGGAAGAGCGAUGACACAGGCAUCUUUGUGUCAGAAAUCAUCAGAGGAAGCGUUGCAGAAUCAGACGGCAGCUUGCUACACGGCGACCAGAUUCUGUCGAUUAAUGGGGAAGAUGUUCGCGCCGCAUCACAGGACCAUGCACAGAGACUUCUACAGGAGUCCACUGGAGCAGUCCACCUUGAGGUAGCUCGUUUUAAAGCUGGGCUCCAGUAUUCCCAGAGGAGUAAGGAAUAUUUUCAGUUGUGUUUUAUCCAGAGCGAAGCCUCUGACUGCUCCACUCUGACCAGCAAAAGUGGAUGUGAUUCAUCUUUUUGCCACCAGAGGGAGACGGACAACAAAACACGGAGCUGGAAAGCUGAGCUCAGAAAAGUAACAAUACAGAAGGGUCCAUGUGACACCCUGGGAAUAAGUUUAGCCGGAGGACGGAGUAGUCCCCAUGGCAACGUACCUCUUUUCAUUGCUUCUAUGGAUACCAAUGGACUGGCUGCCAAAACAUGGAAAUUAGAGACAGGAGACAGGAUCCUCAGCAUCAACGAUGUGUCCACGGAGGGAAUGACUCAUGACCACGCUGAAGCCCUGCUCAAAAACGCCACCGGAACCAUCAGUCUGCAGGUGGCAGCUGCUUUCGAAGGGUGCAGUUCACAGGAUCCAAGUGAGGCUCAUGUCAGCUCAUCAGAUCCAACCAGCAGCUGCUCUCAGAAUAACUUCUGUCCACGUGUUUAUAAGACCAUCAGUCUGGAGAGAGGUUUGUCAGGCCUGGGCUUCAGCAUUGUGGGGGGGUUUGGCAGCCCUCAUGGAGACCUGCCGAUCUACGUGAAAACUAUUUUCAGCAAGGGGGCAGCCAUUGAGGACGGCAGGCUGAAACGAGGUGAUCAGAUCAUUGCUGUGAAUGGACACUGCCUGGAAGGUGUGACUCAUGCAGAAGCUGUGGAAAUCUUAAAAAAGACCAAAGGAACUGUAGUCUUAACUGUUCUCUCCUGAAUAAAACUUAACUGUGUCCCAGCUUAAACACAUGCAUGACAGAUACGUAUAACUCCCUCUGCUGUUUUACUAGACAAGAAAACAUAUACAGUAGAUGUACAGUAACUGUCUCCUCUAAAACUGCUCAAAGGUGAGGACCCAAAUGUGGAUGGUAAAGGGUAUUUCAAGAAGACCAAAUGCACCUUCAAUGCCUUAGAAAAAUAGACAUACCUCAUAAACUCUUCACAUUUCACAAAUUUAUAAAAAUCUUAUUAGAAAUGGCCCAAAAAUAAUUUUGAAAUGAAAGGAAAAGAACACAUGAUUUAUUUUCAUAGAAUAAUCUGAAAUGUGUGGCAAGAUUUGUUUUUAACUUUUCUGUCCCAGCGUAAUAAAAUCACCCGGCAGCAUGAUGCUGCCAUCGCCAUUUAAAAACUUUGAAAAACUGUUGAUCCUUUUUCUCGCGUCCAGUUGUGUUGAUCUGUUUUACAGCCCCAUACAAUACAGCCACAUUAAAAUACAUCAACGUUCUUUUGUUGUAAUUUGACAAAAUGUGACAAAGUUUUAAAGCCAUGAAUACUUUUGCAAGGUAUCAUUUACUUAAUUUCUCUAAAUACAUAACACUGUUGAGGAAAUCAUCACAGCACAGUCAGAAACUGUUGUGUCAAACGUUUCUGGCGAUUUAUGUAACCAUCUUGUCUUUAUGUGCAGCACUCUUCAUGGAAACAUAACGGGCAACUUAUAACCUUUGAAUUUUAAUAAUCUGAGGUUCUGGCAUUAUUAAGCAAUAAAAAAACAAAAAUAUCUGUCAGGGAACUACAACAAAAAACACACAUGCAGUAUUCACACUGUUAACUGACCUCUGUUAAGUCAAAGGGAACCUCCCAAUAUGCACAACAUGCCAAGUGCUUCUGCCAAUAUUUUGUAAGGCAAUAAGGUUAGAGGAGACUGUCUUUGAAGGCCUGAUAUUCAUUUUUCUCUGUAUUUCUGUACCACAUUCAUUUAAAAUGUGUCAUGGUUUCUUAUAUUCUGAAUGUUGUACAUGACUUGUGGAUAGCUUUAAUAACCAUGUUACGUCUGGCAGUUAGAGUAUCAACAUGGUAAACUUUGUUUCUGCUUUUUAACACUUGUUGAAUGUGUUUUUAGUGCAAAGUGCAGUCUAUAUUUAGUAUUUGUUUUUUAUGAUUUAAUUCACACUUUAUUUUAAUUGAAAACUAUCUGUUUUAAUUGUCUUUAAAGCCACAGCACUUACACUUGUGUGCAUUAUGUAGCUCUGUGU